AUGGUAUGGCUUGCUGUUGUGGUAAAGGACGGGUUGACUGAUGUUACUGGUGUUGUUCGGGGGGAUGAGAGCUGGGCUGUGGUCGUGAGGAGGAAGAUGGAAAUGGACACACUAGCCUCCAAUAUUGCAAGACUCGUCACCCUCGACAACUGGUUUACAUUGGUACUUUCUGUCCGUAACAUGGCUUCUACCACUUCACGACCACAACACACCUCUACCGGACUGAAACCCAAGAAACCCAAGAAAGCCUCAACACGUCAUACUAUCCGCAGCAUUGCCAGCAUCAUCCUCAUCAGUCUAACGAUAGCCAAAUCAGCAACAAACGCACUGCCCAACAUCACAAACACCCUCCCCCCUCACAACGGAAGCAACAACUUCUUCCAGCGAGCAGCAGCACCCCCAUACCCUGACCCCCUGCGAAUCCAACGUCGACUGCGACUAGGGGUACAAAUGCGUCGAUGGAAGGUGCGACUGGGGCUGCGAUGA